AGACGCGCGAGGUCCAGGCCGGGGGGCAUCAUGGCGCGGACGGUGACCGCGAGCCUGUACUCCCUGCUCUUCCGCAGGACGUCCACCUUCGCCCUCACCAUCACCGUGGCCGCCCUGUUUUUCGAGCGCGCCUUCGACCAGGGCGCGGACGCCAUCUACGAGCACAUCAACGAGGGGAAGCUGUGGAAGCACAUCAAGCACAAGUACGAGAACAAGGAGUAGCUGAGCCUCCGCCCAGACAGGAGGACCAGGGCGCACACCAGCUGCUCACCCACGCCGCUCAGGCGCCUCUUCAUGGCUCCCUUCUCUGCUGGCAGGAGCUGCGCCACUCGGCAGACUGACUUCUGCUGUGUCUGAAGAAUGUUCGGUUAGAGGCCUCGGCAAAUAAAUGCCAACUGUGCCCGA